AUGCAUGUCCACGAGGCGGAGAAGGCGGUAUCGCGUGAGAAACAUGGUGUGGCAGAGGCAACUGCACUGGUCACAGCCUUCGCACACGGAGCACGGCGUCCGCCCCGGACACUCGCACACGGCCACCACGUCACUCCGCUCCUUGUAUGCCUGCGACCGCGGCAAACUGCCCGUGUGUCCGGCACUCGACCGGAUGCCAGCGCGGGGGUCGAACCGACUCGGGGCGCGGCUGCAGUCGACGCACACGACAAAUGGCGGCGCCACGUCAUACACUGUGCACCCAAGACACUGCUUGAACGUGUUGGACAGUUCGUUCCUAUACAACCACCCAUCCCCGGCAUUAGAAUGAACCAUAUCACAGAACAAUCCAGUGUGAGAAUCACUGGAUAA